AUGUCGACUGCACCACUCCUCUGCAAACUCGGUGAGGGUGCAGUUGAUCCUGCUGUCUACAUCCUUGAUGAAGAUAUUAAACCGUCCCUUCCUGGCACGACAGCGGCUGAAUGCGCAUCAAAUCUGAAGAAGAUUUAUACGGUACAAACAAUACAGGAUUUCUGGAGUGUCUACAACAACAUUCCUCCUGUGACAAACUUGCCGCUGAGAUGUAGUUACCAUUUAAUGCGGGGAGAAAGACGGCCACUUUGGGAAGAGGAAAGCAACGCCAAAGGAGGUAUAUGGAAAAUGAAGGUCCCUAAAGAAAGCACGGCUGCAGUUUGGAAAGAGCUACUGUUAGCAACCGUUGGAGAGCAGUUUACAGAUUGUUGUGCAGCAGAUGAUGAAGUAAUAGGGGUUAGCGUCAGCGUUCGUGACCGUGAAGAUGUUGUGCAAGUCUGGAAUGUGAAUGCCUCCCUAGCAAGCGAAGCAAAAGUUUUAGAAAAGAUACAUAAACUUCUGCCACACACGUCUUUUAAAGCAGUGUUUUAUAAAUCGCACAGAGAGCAUCAUGCUUUUGAAGGUCAGCGGGGUAAACAUUAA